ACCGUUUUGGAACACAUUGGAUUGUUAGGGGUUGUUGCUGUCAGGAUCUCUAAAUAUCAGUUUAUGGGGUGUUUUUUCCCAGAGAGAACUCUACAUGAAUGGCUAACUUUGCUAAUGACCGCAUGCAUAGUGUGUAGCUACUGGUGUAAUUUGUGUGGCGCGGGGGCGUUCUCUCCAGACAUACUCAAACAAUACGAGAAAAUAGGACUGCAUGAGCCCGGGCAAUAUAGUUACUUCACUUUCACAGCGCUCAGACAGCCAUUCUAAAAAAACAUUCAUAGUUUAGUUGACUAGGAGGCUAGGGGACAAUAAACUGGGGUGGGCGUAAAAAAGGUGUAAAUAAAAACAGCCGUCCCCAUAGAGACAAGGCGUUCUUCACCAGAGUUUUUGGAUCAAUCACGCAGACAGUGGCUUCUUUUGAUUAAACCCCAAAUUGUCAUUGGGCAGAAGUUAUCAUGUGACUUGGCUCCAAUUUCAACCUUGUCUCCAUGAAUUCAAUAGUUUAAUAGCUGUUCGGUCACCAUACGGCCGUAAUCAGUGAAUUUGAAAAAAAUGCCACCACCUCUUUCUCAUUGAGCCGCUACAUUUAUAAAAAUACGCGCAGCAAACUUUCCUCGGCUCUCAGCGAGCGGAGAUGAAUUACGAAUUCGAGCGAGAGAGCGGUUUUAUCAAUAGUCAGCCUUCGCUUGCUGAGUGCCUGACAUCUUUCCCCCCUGUCGGUGAUUCAUUUCAAAGUUCAUCAAUCAAGAGCUCGACGCUUUCACACUCGACACUGAUUCCUCCUCCUUUUGAGCAGACCAUUCCCAGCCUCAACCCAGGCAUCCACCCGAGGCAUAGCCGGCCCAGACACAGCCCCGAUGGAUGCAUCCCGCUGCCCACUGCCUCCCUACCCCCGGAAUACCCCUGGAUGCGAGAGAAGAAAGCCUCCAAGAAGAAUCACCUGCCGACUUCCACCGCGACUGCCAUAACGAGUGGACCUGUAUGCUUCUCCCCGGAAGGUUCGCCGGAGAUUCUAGAGAGUGGAGGAGAGGGUUCCCGGCGGUUGAGGACUGCGUACACCAACACACAGCUCCUGGAGCUGGAGAAGGAGUUCCACUUCAACAAGUAUCUUUGCCGACCGAGGAGGGUGGAGAUAGCCGCCCUGCUGGACCUCACCGAGCGGCAGGUCAAAGUAUGGUUCCAGAACCGGCGCAUGAAGCACAAGAGGCAGACCCAAUGCAAGGAGAACCACAAUGGCGAAGGGAAAGAGCCGAGUGCUGAGGACAGGACCCAGAGCGACGAGGAGGAGGAUGAGGGCUCGGUGUUUGAGCAGAGCCUCAAUAUAGUGACCGGGGCCCUUAUGGAGAGAGGGGCCUGCUCCUUUCAGCAGAACUCACUCAGUACUUCCCAGCAGCUCCAGAAUGUUGGCCCGCACAAUGGCGUGGCCCAGAGUUACACAGUUUUACCACUGAGCAGCAAUGACAAAAAUCUGAAGCAUUUCCCCAACCCGUCACCCACUGUUCCAGGCUGCGUGUCAACAAUAGGGCCCGGCUCUGCACCUGGCCAGGACAAUGGCGGUAGUCCCGCGGCCCUGGACGUCUCAAUACAAGACUUCCAAGUAUUCUCCUCGGAUUCUUGCCUUCACUUCUCUGAUGCCACCUCGCCUAGUGUGUCAGAAUCCCUGGACAGCCCCGUGGACAAUCUGGACAUAUCUACCGACAACUUCUACUUUUUCUCGGAGUCAUUAACUACAAUUGACUUACAGCAUCUGAGCUAUUGAAAUCAAUGAAAAAUAGAGCGAGACUUUCACCUGGAACAUUUAAAGAAAGAAAAAAACUCCGGUAUUAACUAUGAAGUAAAUUUUGGUGGUUGUUUGAUAUGAUCGGCACAUUUCCUUUUUAUUGAUUAAUUGAUUAGGCCUAGUCGAUUAAUUCAAGGUAAGAGUCUGGAAAAAUAUACCAUUGUGGCCUGCAAUUACAAUAACACAAUUAUUUCUUAAGAUGCAAUAAUAUGGGUAUGUGAAAAGUUGCACAAUAGUAUGAAUUCUGGUCAUUUUAUUUUUGUAUAGCUUACAGUGCCAUGGAUAUUUUUGUUAGAAUAAAUCUGACUUGCUAUAAGGAACUUGCAA